AGAGCUCUUCGCCUCUCGUCUUCCUCUGGACCGUUUCGCUCACUCUCUCCCACAAUUCAAAAACUCUCUCUCUUUCUCUCUCUCUCUCUCUAAAAUUGAGCUUCGGAGAUCUUCUCUCUCCCUCUCUCUGGAUGUUCAAGUAGAUACCGGGUUGAUUCGUCCGCUCUUUCCAGCAUUCUUUCCUCUACGGCGGAGUGGUGUUAGGGUUCAGCAUCACUUGAACUAGGAUUUGUUGCUCCGGAGGUUGUCGGGAUUGCUCGAGUUGUCCAUUACUGGACUUCGCGAAGCUCAAUGUGGCCUAACCAUCUUGUAGGAAAAUUAUAAUGAUUGGUAUUGGGGUAUGCGUUACUUCACGCUUAUUGAAGAACAAUGGAGAGUGAAAGUGCAUCCACUCCUUCAGAUGGGUUCAUCGGCGUGAGUCAGAAACCACGUCCUCUGCAUGGUCUUUGCAGGAGGACUAGUGGCCCUACAAGGCGUUCGACAAAGGGGCAGUGGACAGCAGAAGAGGAUGAAAUUUUGCGGAAGGCAGUUGAGCGUUUCAAAGGGAAGAACUGGAAAAAAAUAGCUGAAUGUUUCAAGGAUCGGACUGACGUGCAAUGCCUACAUAGGUGGCAAAAGGUCUUGAAUCCUGAACUGGUGAAAGGUCCAUGGUCUAAAGAGGAGGAUAGUAUAAUCAUUGAAUUGGUCAACAAGUACGGGCCAAAAAAAUGGUCUACCAUUGCACAGCAUUUACCUGGACGAAUUGGAAAGCAAUGUAGAGAAAGGUGGCAUAAUCAUCUCAAUCCUGCCAUAAAUAAGGAGGCAUGGACUCAGGAAGAGGAGUUGGCCUUGAUCCGUGCUCAUCAAAUAUAUGGCAACAGAUGGGCCGAGCUAACCAAAUUCCUGCCUGGAAGGACGGACAAUGCCAUAAAAAACCAUUGGAACAGUUCUGUGAAGAAGAAACUGGAUUCAUACAUUGCAUCAGGUUUACUUUCACAAUUCCCGGCUUUGCCACAUCCUGCUGGAUAUCAAAACCAGCUUGCCCCUUCCUCGUCAAGGAUGCAAAGCAGUGGUGAUGACACUGCUCCAAAGGGUGCAACAGAAGCUGAAGAAAUCUCAGAGUGCAGUCAAGGUUCGACUAUGGUUGUCUGUUCUCAAUCUGCAUCUGACAUGGUUUUGCAUGGGAGAGAAGACCUCCAGUAUUUGGAAGAGCCUGCUUUAGGAAAUGAGCCAAACUCCAGUCCUGCAUCCUCUUCCGGUAGAUAUUAUUCGAUAGAAGACGUGACUCUUUCCAUCCCAGAUAUAUGCCCUGAAACAGCUCACUCUUCUGAUCUGCACAUACAAUUUCCCCAAGGAAUUGAAACUUGCGCAGAUCAAACUUACCAAUUUAAUUCGGACAAUCUGCCCAACAUUUCUUUACUGGAAUUAGGUCGAGAAUCGUCAGCAUUUCAAUCUCAGAGUCUUGGUGCAGAUGGAGAUCAUGAUAGGCUUAAUGCUGCAUUUCAACCUUCUACGAGUCAUAUGGUCGCUUCUUCACUUGGAGCUCUGGGUAUUGAUUCAGACCAGCUACAUCAUAUUUUGACAUCUGAUGAAGAAUGUUGCAGGAUUUUAUUCUCAGAAGCAGUAGGUGACGGGUGUUUUGGGUCCAACCCUAAAGGAUCAGAUAGCUCUGGUUGUGGACGUCCAGAUAUAUCAUCAAACCAAGCAUUGGAUAGUCAGAUAUCAGUAGAUUCUAGAGCUUUAUCACAGCAAUAUGACUGUCCAAGAUCAGAUCUUUGGGUUACUUCAAGCGGGCAAUCUUUCAAACCUGUUCCCCCCUUAUCUAAUGAUGAUGGGAAUAUAAAUUUUGAUAAAAAACAUAACCAGUUACCGGAUGUACCUGGUGCUGCACAAGAAGAUUUCGUGCCACAUGAUGGCUUUAUCUAUACAAAUAACUCUGCAAAUUCUCCUUGUGAUGAUGCUACUGAGCUUGGAAGUGCAGAGCUGUUAGAUCUGCCGAAGGAUCAGUCAAAAUUGGUUCCUGUCGAUACUUUUGGCUCUACAUCAAAUGCCCCACAAACUUUGAAAGAGGAUAGUAAUAUAAAGACAGAGAAAGAAGAGCCCGGGUCCCUUUGCUAUGAGCCUCCUCGAUUCCCUAGCUUGGAUAUUCCUUUCCUCAGCUGUGACCUUGUACAGUCAAGUAAUGAUAUGCAGAUGGAUUAUAGUCCACUGGGAAUUCGUCAGUUGAUGAUGUCUUCUAUGAACUGCAUCUCUCCAUUUAGGUUGUGGGAUUCUCCAACUCGCGACAGUAGCCCGGAUGCUGUGCUGAAAAGUGCUGCUAAAACUUUCACAAAUACGCCAUCCAUAUUGAGGAAACGUCAUCGUGAUCUCUUGUCUCCACUGUCAGAUAGAAGGAUUGACAAAAAACUGGAAACUGAGAUUACAGCAAACUUGAGCAGAGAAUUUUCACGUUUGGAUGUCAUAUUUGAUGAGAAGACCACAGAAAAGGCAUGCCCAUCAUCUCCCUCAUCCAGCCAAAAGAUGAACUCAGGAUUCUUGAACGAUGAUGACAAAGAAAAUUUGGGCAUUGAUGUUCAAAUGAGUGAGAACAAAGGGGAUCAAACUGCAAUUUCCGGGGAAUGUGAUCAGAUAAAAGAUAAUGAAAGAAGCACUUUUGAGGACGAGAAACAACAGGUUGUUGAUCCCCUUUCUGAGUGCAAGCACAAAGCUGAAGCUGAUGCCUCUCCCAAACCUAUGCAACUGCCUGAGGUUCUCAGUGAACGUGAUCUGAAUGAUCUGUUGUUGUUUUCCCCUGAUCCAACUAGUCAGAAAACUGAUAAAGCAUCUGCACCAACUGCUGGAUGUCCCAGAAAGCCAUGCUAUGAGGUCACGCCAACUUGUUUGGAACCUAUAGAUUCCUCUUCUGGGAAUUCAUGCCUACCAAUCACCUCUCCUCCCGUUUUGAAAACUAGUGGAAGCAGUCAGAAGGUCACAUCCACAUCUAAGCUAUGUCUUCAUACAUCGACUCCUCUGCAGGUUGUGGUCAAUAAUUCUUCAAAUGAAAGCUUGAGCAUAUUCGGGGGAACUCCAUUUAGAAGAAGCAUUGAAUCCCCUUCUGCAUGGAAGUCACCUUGGUUUAUGAACUCCUUUUUGCCGGGUCCACGGAUCGAGACUGAAAUAACUAUCGAGGACAUUGGCUACUUCAUGAGCCCCGGAGACAGAAGUUAUGAUGCUCUUGGGCUGAUGAAACAUGUGAGCGAGCACAGUGCUUCUGUCUUUGCCAAUGCUGAGGAGGUCUUGGGCAAUGAUACUCCAAAACAGAAGAGCAUAGAUGUUGGGAAUCCCGAUCAGGAAAAUCAAAAUGCUGACCAGCCGACUGAGACCAGUUCCAAUAUGGCUUCAAAUGUUUUGAUUGAGAGACGCACCCUCGACUUCAGUGAAUGCGGAACUCCAGGGAAAUCGAAAGAGAAGGGGAAAUCGUCAACUGCCAUGAUGAGCUUCUCGAGUCCAUCAUCCUAUCUGCUAAAAGGUUGCAGAUGAAGAGAGGUUUCACCUUCCCCUGCUCUGAUAUCGAUCGGAUCCUACCUAGCGGCUUAGUAAAUACAUAUAGAUAUGUCUGGUGUGAAACCUUAUAGCAUUCCUUAAAAACAACAGUGUUCUAUGCAGCCUUGCAUUCUUUGGAGUCUGAUAAUUUAUUCCGGAACAAGAAUACAUGCCCAAUUGUUGAGCAUGUCGAGAGUUUUUGUAUGUUUCCUUUUCUUUUUGCCCGUAAUUAUUGCAAUAUUCCACAAAGGUAUAGUCGGAGUU